GCACCAGUACAGCAGCAGCCUCGACACAUCAGUGUGCUGCUGACUCUCUCUCUCUCUCUGUGUAUCAGAGCUCCAGGACACACGAUCCGACUCCGACUCUCAGGUUUAAAAGGCGAUUCGGGUCUCCGGAAGUCUCGACCUGAAGAGUCCCGGUGCGCCCGCAAACGCGACUCUUUGCUUUAUUUUAUUCUAUUAUUAUUAUUGUUAUUAUUAUUUCCAGCUGUCUUGAAUGUUUCAGUGAAAAUGGCGAUCUGCGCUCAGUCCUCGAGUCUCUUCUGGAUCUUCUCGGUGCAAACGGUGCUGAUUCUGUGCGCGUCCUGGCCCGGAACGGCGACACUCCGCUUCCCGCAGCACUACACGAUGAUCCACUGGGCAAGCCGUAUAGAGAAGGAACUGGAGAAAGUUCUUCCACAGGUCACAGGAGCCCACCAGAUGAGAUCAAUUUACAACGAGAAGAAGAGUCAGUUUGAUGUGAAGAGGAACUUUCCCAAGGACCUGGUGGACAGAGUGGCUAAAGACAUUGCCAAGCUGCUCAACAGCAAACGCAAAGCGCUCGAGAGGCUGGCCAAAGAGGCGGAGCAGAUCCAGACAUUGCACUCCUGGCGGGACAACAUUACAGCAAGUGCUAUAGAGUACUACGACUCCAAGGCUGAUUCUGAAUCCUCGUUGCAGUCUGAAGACAGCAAUGAAGAAAAAGAGUCGGAAAAACUGAAGUCCAUUUCACUGGAGUUUGUGGACGACCCCAAUUUCAAAAACAAAGUCAACUACUCCUACACUGCCGUACAGAUCCCAACUGACAUCUACAAGGGCUCUCCCACUAUUCUGAACGAGCUGAACUGGACCCAGGCGCUGGAGCGGGUGUUUAUAGAUAACAGCAGAGAGGACCCCUCACUGCGCUGGCAGGUCUUCGGAAGUGCCACCGGUGUUACUAGAUACUACCCAGCUACUCCAUGGCGAGCGCCUAACAAGAUUGACUUGUAUGAUGUGAGGAGACGGCCUUGGUACAUUCAGGGCGCCUCUUCUCCUAAAGAUAUGGUCAUCAUUGUGGAUGUGAGUGGCAGUGUAAGUGGACUGACUUUGAAGUUGAUGAAGACCUCUGUGAUUGAGAUGCUGGACACACUGUCUGAUGAUGAUUAUGUAAAUGUGGCACAGUUUAAUGAAAAGGCAGAUGCUGUUGUCUCAUGCUUUAAGACACUGGUCCAAGCUAAUGUGAGAAACAAAAAGAUCUUCAAAGACAAGGUGGCGCACAUGCAAGCGAAGGGGACGACGGACUACAAAUCCGGCUUUCAGUUCGCCUUCGAGCAGCUGCUAAAUGAGACCGGUGCUCCAAGGGCAAAUUGCAAUAAGAUGAUAAUGAUGUUCACAGAUGGAGGAGAGGAUCGGGCUCAAGAGGUCUUCGAGAAGUACAACUGGCCCAAUAAAACAGUUCGAGUCUUCACCUUCUCCGUGGGGCAGCACAACUAUGAUGUCACUCCACUGCAAUGGAUUGCUUGUGCCAACAGAGGAUACUACUUUGAGAUCCCAUCCAUCGGAGCGAUCAGAAUCAACACACAGGAGUAUCUAGAUGUUCUGGGAAGGCCGAUGGUGUUAGCAGGCAACAAGGCCAAACAGGUUCAGUGGACCAACGUGUACCAGGAUGCUCUGGGCUUGGGUUUGGUCAUUACUGGAACGAUGCCGGUCUUCAAUCUUACUACUGAUGGUGACUCAAAGAGUCAGCUCAUUCUGGGAGUCAUGGGUGUAGACGUUGCACUUAGUGAAAUUAAGCAGCUCACACCACGGUAUAAACUUGGAGCCAACGGUUACACCUUUGCCAUAGACCCCAAUGGCUACGUUCUGCUGCACCCAAACUUACAACCCAAGAUCAUUAAUUUCCGAGAACCAGUUACACUCGACUUCCUGGAUGCAGAGAUGGCAGACAACAACAAGGAGGAGAUCCGUCGACAGAUGAUUGACGGCAAAUCGGGUCAGAAGAAAAUCAAGACAUUAGUUAAGUCUGUUGACAAGCGUUACAUUGACCAGGUCACGAGGACUUACAUAUGGACACCAGUAGAUGGCACAGACUACAGUCUGGGUUUGGUGCUGCCCACAUACAGCGAGAACCACAUCAGGGCCAACCUCAGUGAUCAGAUCCUGCAAGUCCAGUAUUUUGAAUCCCUGCUGCCACACACUUUUGAGUCAGAGGGACAUGUGUUGAUAGCCCCAAGGGAAUACUGCAAAGAGCUGGAGCUUUCUAGCAACAACACGGAGUUCCUGCACAACUUCAUCGCUCUGAUGGAGAAAGUCACUCCAGACUCCAAACAAUGUGACAACUUCCUGCUGCAUAACCUGAUCCUGGACACGGGCAUUAUCAGACAGCUGGUGGAGAAAGUGUGGAAAACAAAGGACCUCAACACGUAUGGAUUUUUGGCUGUCUUUGCAGCUACAGACGGAGGCAUCACUCGUAUUUUUCCGAAUAAAGCUGCUGAGACAUGGGAAGAAGAUCCAGAGCCGUUUAAUGCCAGUUACUACCGCCGCAGUCUGGACAACAAGGGCUACAUCUUUAGAGCACCGUAUCGUAGCCCAAAUGCAAUCUUCCAGGAUCAAGAGAAUGACACAAUCGGCAUCCUGGUCAGUACAGCAGUGGACAUUACAGUAGGAUCCAGAAACCUCAAGCCAGCUGUUGUUGGUGUAAAGUUGGACCUUGAAGCUUGGACUUCAAAGUUUAGGAUCCUUGCCAGCAACCACACUGAUAACACUCGACAGGUUUCUCAAAUGUGUGGACCGACCAGUGGCUGCGAGAUGGACUGUGAGAUCCAUGAAGACUUGCUGUGUUACCUGAUCGAUGACGGUGGCUUCCUCAUCAUGUCCAAUCAGAUGCAAGACUGGAACAAGAUCGGAAUGUUCUUCAGUGAGGUGGACCCAGCUCUGAUGUAUGCACUCUACAACAACUCUUUCUACAACUACAAGGAGUCUUAUGACUACCAGUCUGUGUGUGGACCUGUGCCGAAUAGUAAUACAGGAGCAGCACCUAGAGGAGUAUUCGUACCCACCAUUGCGGACCUGGUAAACGUUGCCUGGUGGACCUCAGCAGCUGCAUGGUCUCUCUUUCAGCAGUUACUUUAUAGUUUUGCCUCCCAUAGCUGGUUCAUUCCAGGUGAAGUUGACGCAGCAGAGAGCAUGGACUCCAGAGAGACCAGUUGUGUGACGGUACAGAAGCAGUUCUACUUCGGAAACAUCAGCAGUGCCUACAGCAUAAUGCAAGACUGUGAGAACUGCUCCAGGUUGUUCCAUGCCAAGAGAAUAAACAACACCAACUUGCUAUUUGUGGUGGCUGAGAAGCUGCCCUGCAACACAUGUGACAUAGAGAAACUGUCUCAAGAUGAGAAGGAAUUUAAACAAGAAGACCCAUGUCUGGACAUGCCACCACCUCGGUAUAGAAAAAGGCCCAUUAAUUGUUUCGAGUACAACAGUAAAGAGGACACUACAGAUUGUGGGCGAGGAUACUCCUUCGGCCCAUCCAUCCACACUUUACUCCUCCUCCAGCUCCUUGUCCUCUCUCUAAUGGCCUGCCCCCAUGUUUUGCCUUUCUCUCUUUAACUCCCUCCAUUGCCCAUCUCCCUCUCCUCUCCCUAAUUCCAUAUUUCUCCUUUUCCUUCCCUCGCUCUAGUCAUAGGUAUUAAAGGGACUUCCUGUUGCCCCCAUAUGGAAGCCCGGCAUACUGCAUCAUCCACUUUGCUUCACGGGUUGCUGCUUAGCGACUGUCGCAGAACUUAUCAAUCAACAGCUUUUCCGGGAGGAGCCCGAAGUUUCCUUCAAGGGGGAAGCAGCUGAAGAAGUCAACAUGAUGAAACGCAAUCAUUUAAACAUUAUAAAGGCCACAGCAGGAGAAAAACAAACAUCCAUUCAUUUAGAACCAACAAAUGAAACAGAUGUAGUGUUGAAGAAAAUGGAAUCCCCUCUCCCGUCCCCCCACAGUACUACCUGCCUUUACAUAUGUUUGUGUAAGGUAUGCAUUUUCAUCAGAUGCUCUUCUUUCCAAUUUAAGCCAUCCUCCUCUCUCCCUCUCUCCUUGUCAUAGUUUGACUCGAAUUGCCUAAGUUGACAUGGGGCUACAGAACUUUCUGCCAUUUUCUAGCAUUCGGUAACCUGAUCACAGAACUUAGUUCAGUAAACAAAAAUAUCAGUAAGAACUUGUGAGUAUUUAAAGCAUACCUCCAUAGGUUACGAUAUAACCAGAGCAGAAAGAUGUAACUUAUUAAAAAAAAACAUAUAUAUAUCAUUGAUCAUUUGUUUAUAUAUACACUAGAUCUAAUUCUUGCCAAAAUGAGAGAGACUUGUGGUGUGGUCUUAUUUUUCUCGCCAAAUUAGGGGGGAGGAGGACUUGCAGAAAGAAUGCAAGGCCUCGUGUCGAGAUCAGGCCUGGAUUUCAGUUCAUCUCAUUUAUUUAUUUUGCUCUUCGUUCAUUCAUUCAUUAGCCAUAAGGGCUUCAGUAAGCACAUCAUUCUGUUUUUCUGGUCAGCAUCCACAGAAGGAACUGAGAAAUGGUUUAAAUCAAAACGUCAAACUUGAUUUUAAGUGCCGUUGUAAUUAUCCAGCGUUUAGAAACGAAUCGGAGUUGCAGCUUGAACUCUGCCAUCAAUCGUGUGCAUUCUGUGUACGUGUGUGUUUACAGGGUAGCCAUUUUACACCGACGUUUUUACAACAGUCAGUAUUGCAGUAGACUGCUGGACCCGGCUAACAAUGUUCGAGAAUAUUAAAACAAUGAAAAUAUCGUUAGCUUUUCCAGGUUAGUCUUAUCACUUAGAGCGCACGUAAUUAUGGAUUGAGCUUGCAGCGGAGACUCGGAUAUCGGUUUUUCAAUUUUAUUCAUUGUGUAUUGAUAGAAUGAAAAUUUAGUAAACCCUGGUCAGGGCACGUCUCCUCGAAUAUUUCUUUUUCCUCUCUGUUGUGCCUUGAUGCACUUCUGUAUCUUUACAGAGUAGAUGCUUCAGUUUAUAACAGUAGGGAAUCUCCUCACGCCGGCCCUUAGAGUGAUUACUGACUGUACAACAUGUAGUUCAGCUCACAUAAAGACCUAACUGAUUUAUAAGCACAUGCGGUUUUAUUAGUAGUGUAUGAAUUGCCAUAGCUUUCAGAUUAAACCAGAAGUAGCCUGCUGUCAUGCCGAGGAUGUUUGGUCAGCGCAGGCGUUUCACGUUCACCCUUGCCUAAGCCCUUCAAGCUCUUUAAAGGCAUCUUAUCUUAUAUAUGAAAAGACGAUUUGUAUGUGUUAGUACAAGAAACGUAAAAUAUCUCUCGAUCUAAAAUCAUAGUCUGGUUUCCAUUUCUUUCGACUUUUCCAGCGGGGCAGCCAAUAUUAUUCUAAUGAACAUUAACAAAACUGAUCACUGUUUAAUACACUGUGGAGUCCACUCUAUAAGUGACUGUUUAGGAUUAAAUAGUUGAGUAUUUUUUUUCCCCCUUCCCAGUCUCUUUUCAGCUAUGAAUAUUCUGUAGACUGUAUGUAGGGUGGCAGAAUUGGUGACUCUUCAUUGCCAGCAUCCUCUGGUCAGAGGUCAUAAAGCUCUUUGCGUACGUGUAUGCUCGUGUCUGGACCCGUGUACGUGUCGUCUGCUUCCAAUGCAGCAAGUUACGAUGUGUUUGAACAGGUGUCGGAAUGAAAAAGCAGUGAUUUGAUUAUUAAAGCGUCCAAGGUGUAUUGCAAAUGAAAAAAAAGAGAGAGAAAAAAAAAAAAGAGUAAUCUGUCCCAUUUUCCACGUCUAUCUCCAAGCCAUUUCACAAAGCUUUCUUUUCCACGCAUCCCUUUAUCCAUCUUUCUGCCUUGUGUCACAAUAGCUGAAGAAGGUAUACGCUUGAGUAAAAGCAUACACAAACUACGCCACUUGUGACUACAUUCUCACACACGCAAUGUAAUCGACUGUUACAUGAGCAGCAUAAACUCAUAAAAUAACUUUUUUUUUUUUGGCUUGCAAUCGGUUCUUUUUUUUAAAUAUCAGCCUUCUGUCACCAUCAGUGCUAAUCAAUUAUAGCUCCACACGCAGAGUUCGGUGUUAAGCUCAAUUAUUAAUCCACACAUUAUCAUUGGGGAGCGUGUAUAAAUAUGCCCCAUACCCUCAUCAAAACACAGAUCAUUAGUAGACGCACAGCACUCACUCCUCUCAUUAAACAAUACCAAACAUGCUCGUUUACCCAUUUUACAUGAAGACACGCACAGGGAAAUGUAUGUUAAUACAUAAUAAUCGGAUAAGUCUAGAAGAGUUAAUGCCUUAUGCUUUGUCCUAUUGUGAAUCACAUUCAACUUUUGCCUCUUGAUUCGUUUUACAAAAAAAAAAAAAAAAAGAAAGAACAACAACUUGUCCUAAUAUUGAGAAAAAAAAAAAAAAAAGUCAAAAGCUGCCUAAGAGACGCUAAGACAUUUUGGCUAGACACUGAAAUUAAACUGUGAGUGUGAGUCUGUGUCACUAUUCCACAUACACUGGAACAGAGGUUUGUGUUAUUCGGUGGUUUAAAAAAUAUUUUUGCCAAAAAAAAAAAGUGUUUAAAAAAAAAAAGCUAAAAGGAAGAGGUGGCCUGGAGGGGAGACGUCGGCCCCAUGAUCUGCCCUAAAGGGGAGGGUCUUUUUUAAUCAGGGCUGCUCCUUCAGCCUUUCCUCUCCUUUAACAACAGUGGAGUAGGUGUGCUUCGGUGGGAGAGACGCGUAUGUAUGUGACUCUGUAGUCCUUAGUCUGGUGCUCUGUGACAAAUGUGUGAAAAAAAAAAAGAAUUUAAAAAAAAAGUAAUCUGUCAAAGGUGAAACUGAAUUUAACAUUGAGGUUUUAAAAAAUUAAAAUAUAGGAACACAGUACUGCUGAUAAUCAUGAGUUUGAGGUCUGCUAUCACAGUGGGAAUUUCUUUAGUUUGUUUGUUGGAUCGUGUGUGUGUAUGGAGCUAACACCACUGGCUCUUUGGACACUGGUCUAUGUUGCUCCAUCUUUUGUACAGACGAAAAAAAAAGAUAAGGGAAACAUUUGUAAAAUAUUGUGUCUGUGACUCCUUGUAAAAUAUUUUCAAAUUGUUUAUU